AUGCCAAAAGUGAAAGAAAAAGGAAAGAUGUCAUCGUUGAAUCAUCUACGCUUACUGCUCAGCAAAGAAUUAAUUAUAAUUUGGCGAAGUAAGAUAUGGAGCAUAGUUGAAAUAGGCAUUCCGCUACUUCUCUCUAUACCUCUUGUCAUUCUCUUUCUGAAGAAUUCAUCAACUGUCAAACAUGAAGCACAAUUCUGGGAAUCAUUUCAAGUGACCGGUGAUUGGAGAGAUAUAGAUCGACGUUUGGAAGGUAUGCAGACAAUUUACAGUUACUGUGGAAUACUCAAUCGGAGAAAUUUAGGACUUGUAUUUCCAAGCAAUAUGGAUGAGGAAGAGAUUUUGUGGGUAGCUCGCGAAAUAGAAUUACGUUAUUUGAUGAAGAAUUCAACUUCACAUUCACACUCUUACGAGUUGAAUGUGAAAAUAUUUCCAACUGAGACAGCCAUGAUGGAUGCGCUGUUGGAUGAUUACCGUCAUUCUUCCAUAUGUACUAAAUAUAUUGCUGGUAUUAUAUUCAAUGAAUAUAAUAGUAGUACAUCGCGCCUUUCUUAUACUAUUCGAAUACGUCAAACAAAAAGUCAGCAAACACAUUGGUAUAUUGGUGAUGACAUUUGGAACACUGGAGGACCAUAUGGAAUUUCAGACUACCAGUUUCCAGUGAAUAGGAUUCCCAAUUACUGGUCUCUUGGUUUCUUAUCAUUACAAUAUGCAAUCGAUACUGUAUUCCUUAAGGGAAUUGAUGGUGGAAAAAAUAACGAUAGCAAUUUUCAACUUAGUUUAGAACGUAUUCCUGAGCCGCCAUAUUUUGAAAAGUCGAUUGCCAUUUUCCUUUCCUUUCUGAUAGUUUUCUGGAAAUUCUUUCUUUUACCGUGUGUUCUGCACACCGUUUCAAAUAUUUCUUCUGAAAAGCACAGUGGUAUGAAGGCAUUUUUAACAAUGAUGGGCAUGCAGCCCUCUACGUUUUACAUUGCACAUAUGGUAAUUGCUUUCAUCAAAAUUAUGGUGGUCGUGCUGUCAUGUACAAUUAUGUUACUUCCACAGAUUCAGACAGUAUCUUCGUGGUUAUUUUUGUACACUAACUUUAUUUAUGGUGCCGGCGCAGCUAGUUUUGCUCUUUUAAUGUCUUGCAUUUUUCACAGUCCCGGUGCUGCGACGAAAGGAGCUGCUGUCAUUUGGUUAGCGACUAUUGGUUUGGCAGGCUUGAAAGAGGCAGAAAGAUCUGUUCUUCUAAAUAUUAUACUUUCACUGAAUUUAAACCGUGCCUUCAGUUCUGCUUAUCAAGCUAUGCAGGAUUAUAUGAAUCGAGAUGAAUACCUGGGUAUACAUAAUAUGUUUGAAGACAUGACAUACAUAUUUCCGCUUGGAAUAGCACUAAUAAUGAUGACACUCGAUGUUAUAUGGAUGUCGCUGUUAGCAAUUUAUUUGGAUAAUGUCUAUCCCUCCGGUAAUUUACCACGGAAGGAAUGGUUUUUCUUUUUACAUAGAUCGAACAGUGGACGCCAGCAGGGCGCUUUUUAUGAUUCUUCUGAUGCUCCGAAUGACAACAUUCAAGAACAUGAAGGAGACGAUCAAGCAGACAUCGAUAUUCGACGCUUGACGAAAACAUACGCCGCACAACCGGCUGUUGAUCACAUGUCUUUUCGUGUUUAUCGAGGAGAAAUAACCGUUCUUCUGGGACACAAUGGUGCCGGAAAAAGUACAACAUUUUCUUUGAUAGCAGGUCUUAUUUCACCAACCUCUGGUUCUAUUUACAUUUGUGGCAGCAGAAUGGGAUCACGUUCGAUGGACCACUGCCAACGAGAAAUCGGUUUCUGCCCUCAGUAUAAUGCAUUAUUUAAUUUGCUGACAGUGCGCGAGCACUUGGAAAUGUUUCGGAAAUUCAGUGGCGGGACAGCUGAUUGUGCCAGAAAGCUGAUGAAGGAUAUCCAAUUGGAUGGCGUAGCUAAUAUGGUUGCUGGAAAACUAAGCGGCGGAAUGAAAAGAAAAUUGUGUGUCGGAAUAUCUUUGGUUGGUGGACGUCGCAUUGUAAUGUUAGAUGAACCCACAGCUGGUAUGGAUCCAGCUUCUAGGCAAGCUAUCUUCCAGUUACUUCAGCGCUAUAAACAUGAGAGAACAAUUCUUUUAACAACCCAUUGUAUGGAUGAAGCAGAUUUACUCGGAGAUCGCAUAGCAAUUAUGGCAAAGGGUCGGUUAAUCUGUGCUGGUACAUCGGAAUUCUUGAAAAAUCGGUUUGGAACAGGAUAUUUAUUAUCGAUUGACUUGAUCCCUCGAGGAAUUUUUCACCAUAUUUUUGAUCAGAGAGAACAGUUGUUAUCAGCUAUUAGAAAACAUGUUCCGGAAACUGAGGAGCAGUCAGCAACUCCUCAACAGAUAACUGUCUUGCUACCCACUGAAUGCAAGAAAAGUUUUCCCAGUCUAUUUGUUGAUUUGGAACAGAAUACUGAGAAGUACGGUAUCAAUUCAUUUGGCUUAUCAUUAAAUACAUUGGAGCAGGUUUUCCUAAAAGUCGGAGAACUUGAUGAUGCUAAUUCAACGACUAUCGUUGACAUGGAAAGUAUGGCCAAAGAACAAGCUUCAAUUCUUUGUAACAAUUCAUCUGUUCAUACAGGAUUACUAUUGUGGCUCUCACAGAUUGGCGCAUUGCUUAGGAAACGUUUUAUAUGCUAUAAGAAACAAUGGUCACGACUUAUUUGGCAGAUUUUCAUUCCUAUAGCUAUACUCCUACUUGCUGUCUUUUAUAUGAAAAAUUUGUCAACUGGAGAUAAGAAGAGACGUGGGCGUAUAAGUCCCUGUAUUGUGCUUGUACAGCCAGAAAAUCCUGAAGUGCUAUUCGGUCAUAAUAUUCUACAGAUAGUACAAAACAUAACCGAUUAUUCAUACAAGAUGGUACCGACAUCAGAAAGCAUGGAACUGACUCUUGUUAAAUUACCAAAAAUACCGCCACCUGUUGGCAUAGCUGUCACGUUCAACACAAAAAACGGUUCCAUUUAUACUACGGCGUUUUUUAAUGUUAGAGCUAGAUAUGGACCGGUUAUUGCAACGACACUAAUAAGUAAUGCAAGAUUGGGGCAAUCUGCAGAUUCCAUCAAAAUUUCUUUUCUUCCAUAUGGUAAUGUAGAUGAUAUCAGCCAGAUGUCAGUGAAUGGUCACAUGCUUUUAAUAGCACCUAUUUUGAUUAUCAUUUUUGCUUUCACUUCUUCUGGUUUCCAACUUCGCGCUCGAUUGAACAUGUUUACAUACUGGUUGUCUGCGAUACUCUCGGAUUUGAUACUCUAUGCGUUUGUUUGUACUGCUUUCACUGUUAUUUUGAGUGGCUGGUUAGGUAACUUGAAAGUCGAUUUGAUAUUGCUUUGGCUGAUAUACUUAUGGCCAACAUUGCCAUUCGUCUACUUAAUGGCUUUCCUAACCAAUCAUCCUGCCCGAGCUUAUGCUGUGCUCAUUAUUAUAACAUUGGUUGUUGCUCUUUGUGCUAGCUCCAUAUCCUUCGUUAUGGUGUCUAUGAAACCGAAGUUAUUUCCAUAUUUACAUAUAGCAUUCUUGUUCACGCUGCCGACGUAUGGCUUGUCACACGGUUUGAUUGCGAUUUUAAGUGCUGAUGAUGAGAAGGGCACGAGUGGUCUAUACAGCUGGGAGAAACUUGGACGUAUUUAUGCCAUGAUGGCUUGUUCGGGAUUUUUAUUUUGGAUUAUUUUAAUGAUAAUUAAUUUCAAACCUCUGGCAGUGUAUGUGCACGAUUUGUUGUCGAUAAUACGACGGAAACCAUCAAGUUUAUUGUAUGAAAAUAGUUUGGAGGAUGUUGAUGUAAAGAAAGAACGAGAAUGCAUAUCGCGGAAAAGAAAUUUCGAGUUAUCGCUUGCUGUUCGUAAUUUGAAUAAAUAUUAUGGGAAUUUGCAUGCUGUUCGUGAUCUUACGUUUGGUGUCGAGUCUGGUGAAUGCUUUGGUCUACUGGGAGUAAAUGGUGCGGGUAAAACUUCAACAUUUGAUAUGCUAACAGGUUUAUCCAUACCGGAUGGAGGUGAAGCUUUUAUCAAUGGUCAUUCUGUUUUAAAGAAGCAGACUAUUGGAUUCUGUCCACAAUUUGAUGCACUUCAUCCUAAGCUUACAGCUAGACAGACUCUGCAGCUCUUGGCCUCGAUUUAUGGCUUUGCUAAUUCUGUGAAACGUGUUAAAACCCUUCUUGAAGCAGUAUUACUAACAGCGCACGCUGAUAUUUGCGUCGAGUUUCUUAGUGGUGGGCAGCGGCGGCGCUUAAGUUUAGCAGUGGCAUUGAUUUCGCAAACUGAUUUAAUAUUGCUGGACGAACCGACUGCUGGAGUUGAUCCGAAAGCAAGACGACAGAUUUGGAGUUUACUUAAUGCAGUGCGUGAAAAGCAGCGAGCCAUGCUUCUUACCUCUCAUAGCAUGGUUGAAUGCGAAACACUUUGCAAUCGCAUUGGCAUCAUGGAUCAGGGCUCUUUGAUUGCUAUUGGAACACCACAACAUAUCAAGACAAGAUUUGGAGAAAAGUACACGUUGAUUAUAACUACUGCUAAUCAGCACAGACGAGAAGAUUUAAAUUGCUCAGUUAGAGAAAUUUUCCCUGGAUCCAUCGAGAAGGGUGCUCAUGGCACAUGCUUAUUAUGGGAUAUUCCAAGGGGGGAAAAUGAUAGAUGGUCAGAUAUGUAUCUGAAAUUAUGCCAACUUGCUACACGGUUUCCAUGGAUUAUUGAUUAUUCAUUGACACAGACAACACUAGAAGGAGCAUUUUUGCAACUUUCACAACACGAAAAAUGA